GGGCACAACCAGGGACCUGGGCUAUCGCAUCCUUUACAUCAGCAUUUCACCGUCUGAGGAAACAUGGUGAGCAAGGAGGGUGGCAAAUGCCUGCUCACCAACUCAGAGUCUGACUCAGAGGCAGCGCCCCUGCCCUCCACCUCACUGGCGCUGGAGGUGAAGUAUUCCCUCAAAGCGAGUCGACAGGUGAGGAAAAGAAACAAGGCCUUGCAAGUGCGCUUCAAGGACAUCUGCGAGGCGCAGAACGAGCAAAGGGAGGCAGAACUGCAAGCAGCAGGGAAAGGCGGGAAGCCGUUGUCAUAUAAGGUGGCGUACCGCAAGUACAUGACCGUCCCUGCACGCAGAUCCAUUCCGAAUGUCACGAGGAGCACAGGCGUCCAGACAUCCCCUGACCUAAAGAAACGGUACCAGACCUUUCCCUUUGAGCGUAAGAAAGGACACACGUUUAAACACGUGGCAGCAGUGGAAACGUAUAAAGGCCAGAACAACGGUUUUGUCAUGGAGGUAAAGCAAUCUAAAGCGGCUGAGCAGGGUUUAGAUGACGACGAAGAGAGAGCCAGUAGGGGGAGUGGAGUCUUGAGGACCAGGGCUCUGCUCCAUACUAAUGAGUGCAUUGCCACAGUGGAGCAGCACAGUGCACCUGAUGGCCUGUGCUCUGAUGCACUGCUGCUCAGUUGCACUGCUGACACAGACCGCCUUGCAGAUGCACCAAGAGGAAGCGGAGCCAGCGCACAACCCAAGUACCAGCUUUGCAGCGUCCCUUCAAAGUCCGUAACUGGAUUACAGCACAGGGAGGCCGAUGUAGACGGUUUGGCCAAGAGGCAACUGCUCAGUCUGGAGGAAGGCUCGUCUCAAACCCUCCCGAACAGGCCCUCCAAGGUGACGGGCCCCAUCGCAUGGAACUCUCUUACACAGGUGGAGUGCCUGGACAGUCCUUCUGUGCAAAGCAAACGAAAAAAAGGCCUUCAGCUUAACGGGCUAAUGGCUGAGACUUUACCACGGUCCAGUGGAGGCUGUAUAACAAAGGCACAAUGUCAUACAGGACAGAUGUCUGCCCGGCCUAUACGGGGCAUGGAGGAACCUCGCUCGCCCUCUACAAGUGUUGUGGCUGAUGGAGCACCCUCCAACCAAACACAGGAAGCCUGUAGGCAAAUAGUGCCUGUGAAUCAGGACAGGGAUGUAAAAGCACAGCUUCAAGCCAUGGAAAAUCUCAUCAGCUCGAGCCAAGAGACCAUCAAGGUGCUGCUUGGGGUCAUUCAGGAACUGGAAAAGGGAGAGGCCCAACGAGAAGGACUCUCCUAUCGAACUGGACAGGACAUGGCCAACUGUGACACAUGCCGGAACAGUGCAUGCAUUAUUUACAGCGUGGAACUGGACUUCAAGCUGCAGGAGGACAAGCUACAACCGCUAAUGAAGAGGCUUUGCCCGACAGAGGAUACGCACUUCCCGCCCCUGCCUUACCCCCAGGAGGCCUUCACCUCCACCCCAAAACGAAAGUCCAAAGCUGAGUCCAAGAAGCACGCUCGCUGGAAACUUUGGUUCCUGUGAGAACGACAGGACCAUCCUCAAACCCUGCAACGAACGCACAGGA